UUGUACAUGGCCUGAGAGGUAGUCACCGCCAGUCAGUCAGUCUGUACCGAGCGGAGGAGCGUCAUUUGCCCGGCCUGCUGAGCCGCAUGUCUGCGCAGUAUUUGUCAGGCUGUUCCAUCAUGGGCACGCCAGCUUCUGUCAUCAGCUCCCCUGCAGCAGCGUGGCAGGCCCCAGAACCACGGACCAGGAAAAAGGCCUCAGCCAACAUUUUCAAAGACAUUGACCUCCUGCAGAUACAGACGCUCUUCCGCACCAACGGGGAUGAGCUCGCGGAUGAACGAGCUCAGAUCAUCUACAACUACGCCGGAGACAGGCACGUUGCAGACGCCUUGAUCAAGCUCCGGAGAAAGAAGAGGAACAAGGGCUUUCGUUUAUCGCAUCAGAAACGGAGCGGUGAUGGGAUCGGAGGACUGUCUGUGCAAAACUUCAGUAAACUCUGCAUUAAAGAAGAUGGGAAUUCUGGAGAGGAGGAUCCCCCUCAGCCCGUCGGUGAUGCUCAAGAGAGGCCAGCACUCUGCGGGGCCAAGAAAUCCUCUGGAAUCCACAGACAAAAGAAUAAACUAAGACUGCACCAGAAGAGGCAGAUCCCAGACUACCUGCACCAAAUCAGGCGAUGAACUGUGCAAGGUCCUGGGACGGUUGUCCCCGCUGCUGCUUCACAAACUGGAAACCUAUGCAAGAACCAGCAGCUGACGGCGACCACGACUGCUGCCUCUUAUGUAAUUCUGCACUACUGACACUAAAUCCUUAGGUAACACUCCAAAUGAGUAACUUUACAUGGUGAAGAUGUGGAACCAUCCUGGCCGUUAUUUAUGGUAUUUAUUACAGGCAGCUAUAGGGGAGCUGCGCCAGAGAAACACUAUGUACCAUUGAUUAUGGGCAACCUUCGAAUUGCUGUCUAUUGAUCUCUAGGAAAGUUCUCAUGGCCGAGUCUUUAUAGUCCGAUUGGGAUCUGUCUACAGUGUUGUCCACCGCCGAUAUGAUAUCAGAGGUGCGAUAUCUCGCAGGAAGAUAUUUAUUCAAAAGACAGGGAUAAGUCUGUAGUCUGCUCAUCCGAACAAAGAUCCAUGCUGAAGCUUAGUUAUUACCGUAGAUGGCGGCAAGUAAAUAACCUUGGGAAAACCUCAUCUUCUGCUCGGACAAUAAAAAGUAAAAGCAU